GAUAGUUGUAACACCAUUCAGAACAUUAUUGUUAACAUUUAUCUCUAAUAAAAACGCACUUAUCAACCAGAGUUUAUUCUAAAAUAAAUUUCAUUGUGUCCACGACGAGACAUAAAUUGGCGACCGUGACAGGACCGCAUCAAAAUAUACGGUCUGGAAUUAUAUAUCUACCGAAAUUCAUCAUUGGAAGAAGCAAGUCGACGAUUAUAUCCACCUGGUCAUCAACAAGAACAAUAUAGUUGUCGUGUUGCUGCCUGUAUCUAUUGCUGUUCGACAGCUGAUUAUAUUGCUAUUGCUGUUAUCAUCACAGCCAUCUGCCUGCACCUGGAUAUCGCCUGACGAGGAGCGUGAGCUUACCCAUUUAUUAUAUUUAUAACUUUUUUCUAACAUUUAACAAAUUCAAUUUGCAAUCAGUGAAGGCUUCUUGUAAUUCAUUUGUAAGUUUCCUAUCUUCACGAUAAGUCCUUUACGGAGUUAUCAGAAGCAUUAGGAUAGUAAUAAGGUUAAUAUAUUACGUAGUUUGUUAUUUUAUUAUUAUUUUUUUACACACUGCUUUGGGUUUAUUAUAUUACACAUAUAUUAAUAAUAGAAAAUUAACUAAAAUAAUAAUCAAUAGCAUUUUCUGUUUUUAUGUAAAUUGCAUGGAGUCUACCUACAUGUAAUUUAUAUAAAUAUAUUUUUGUACAAACAUAUACAUUGUAAAAACUUAAUUUAACCCUUUGUCUCAGGUAUAUAAUUGCGUAGAAUAUUAACUAAAUUUAUUUAACUAAUUUUUAAUAAACAAAAUGACUGAUCCACGAGCUUCAUCUACAAGUGUGUACAAAAAUACUGAUUAUAAAGAUCUAAGUAUUAAACGCAGUUCUAUUAAAGGACAAAUUACUAAAUUUAAGAAUUAUUUAGAUAAGAUUACAAGACAGCCUAAACUGACGAAUAUUGAAAUAACCGAGUUAUCAUUAAAAAUCACUAAAUUUAAAAGCCUCUCAGCUAGAUAUGAUGAAUUGCAAACUCAAAUAGAAUUGGUAAAUAAUGAACAUUUAGAAUCUGAAAUUGAUGAGCGUGAACGCAUUGAGCAUGAGUUCAUAUCAUGUUUAGCUACAGCAAAAAAUGUUGUCGACGAGCAAAAUCAAAUAAAAGUGUAGAACAUGAUAAGACACGACGCGAAUCUCUUUUUCAAGAAGCUCAAUGCAGUCUCGAUCAUAAUGAGUGUCGUGUUAAAUUACCUCAAAUCAAUAUUGAGAGGUACAACGGAUCGGUUUUUCGUUGGCUUGAGUUCAGAGACACAUAUACUAGCUUAAUUCAUAAUAAUGAGCACAUCCCACCAAUACAAAAAUUUCACUACUUAAUUUCAUAUCUAGAAGGUGAUGCUGCUCGUGUUAUUUCUAAUAUUGAAGUGUCAUCGUCUAACUAUAACAGUGCAUGGCAAUUACUUUAUGAUCGUUAUAACAACAAGCGUCUACUCAUAAAUCACCAUUUAAAACCUUUAUUUAAUGUCCAACAAGCCACUCGCGAAACUGAAGAUUCUUUGCGCUAUUUAGUUGACCACAUAACCAAAAAUCUACGUGCUCUCUCUAGCUUAGGUCAACCAACAGACCAUUGGGAUACCAUUAUUAUUUUUAUUAUUACAUCUAAGCUUGAUAAUCGUACACUUCUGAAGUGGGAAGAGCAACGUAAUAUUAUAGAUGAAUUACCAAAUUUAGAACAAUUCAAGAAAUUUUUAAUUGAUCGAGCAUUUGUUCUCGAAUCUAUGCGUCGCAAUAGAUCUGACACUAAUAAUUUAUUAUCAGGUAAUUCAUCAACUUAUAAGCAUAAUAAUAAUAAACACGCAAUCAAUACAAAGUCAUUUGCUACUACUAGUCAAAAUAAAGUAUGGCUAUGUAUUAUUUGUAAUCAGAAUCACAAAAUUUAUGACUGUCCAAUUUUUAAGUCUAAAUCCAUUAAAGAUAAGUUAAUUGAAGUUUCUAAAUAUAAAUUAUGUCCUAAUUGUUUACGGCAAGGUCACCCUGUUAAUGAAUGUCGCAUGGGUCCCUGUAAGCAAUGCAAAAAACCUCACAAUACUUUAUUGCAUUCAAUUGACAAUACAAAAGUCAAUAAUGCGCAAAUACGUGAAGAAAAUUCAAUGGUUAAUUUCUCUAAAGAAGUUAAUCGACAAGUUCUUUUAUCGACUGCUCUACUUGAAGUUUUGAAUCCAAUAACCAAAGAGGCAACCAAAGUGCGUGCCUUAUUGGAUUCAGGCAGUCAAUCAUCAUUUAUUACAAAAAAACUACAUGAAAAAUUAUCACUAAAUUCAACUCCUAUUUCCAUGAAUGUUAUUGGCAUUGGCCAUAAUGCUACCAAUAAUAUAACUGAAAGUUCUAUGGUACAAAUACAAUCUCUAAAUAAUAAAAGUAAAUUUAAAUUAAAUUGCUUCGUUCUUGAUAGACUUACAGGAAGUUUACCACAAUUUUGUGUAAAUUUAAAUUUACCCAAACAGAUUAUGUUAGCGGACCCAACAUUUGACCAACCAGGUCCUAUCGAUAUGUUGAUAGGUGCUGACCUCUUUUGGGACAUUAUACUAUCUGAGCAGACUUCCUUAGGUCCAAACAAACCAAAACUUCGUAAUUCUGUAUUUGGCUGGCUGAUCGGCGGUCCCAUAAAUACAUGUAAAAAUAAUGAUAUUCAUUGUAAUAAUAUAAUUGUCAAUGCACCUUUAUCUAAAGAAUCAAAUGUUGACGCCCUUCUUACUAAAUUCUGGGAACUAGAAGAGCUUCCUCAAAAACUAUUUUAA